UUUAACCACUAGGCUAUGGCACUAGACCUGAUUAUAUAAGUCUUACAACCAGUGAUUUGUUGUUGUGCUUUAUAUUCCAGGUUAAAUAUUUUUCUGAGACUUUUAGGGUUCACAGCAAUUGGUAAAGUGUAAUUGGUUUUAGAGAGUCUAACACUUGCCUAUUUCCUGCCUAAUGCAAAGAUGGCUUUAGCCUUUUCAAAGUUCAACUAAGUUUAGGUGAUUAUAAGUUAAUUCAGAACUGUUAAUGCUAGGUAAUAAUAUAGACUCCAUGGAAACUUUGAAAUUAACUGUCCUAUGUGAUGAGCUUACAGCUAUUGUCAAUGUUAAUCCUUUCAAUGUUCCUGUGCCUUUUAACUGAUCUAGGCUAGAAUCCUGCAUAGCUCAGGGAAGCUUCCUGUGUACUGUCUCCAUUGAGUUAAUUUUUUAUAAAUCUUAACCAAAAGUCCCAGGUCUAAAGUUUACUCUGACAAAGGUUUAAAUCUAAAUUCUGAAGAUACGCUAGCUCGGGAGAAAUUAUAACUGUAUUAUGUUUUUUUGUUAUCUGGACUUCAACAAAGGGAAACAUGCAGGCUCCAAUCAGGACUUCAGGUACCUGAUAACUUCUACCUUCUAUUGGGGACUUCAGAUUGACCCCCUAGAGAAUGCCCGGCUGCUGUUGGUCCUUCAACAGCCCUUUUCAACACGAAGCAGCCAGAGCAGUCAUUGUCCCCUGUCCCUAACUAGGGUCCAUUCUUCUGGAGGGGGAAUGUGAGGAGUCAGAUGGGAUAAGAGGCAGUUAGGGUCUCGGGUCCCUGGUCACUCUUCACAGUGUGCGGCCUCCUUGGUGGCCAUAUAUGGUUCAGAGAGACCAUUUGCGUGUUUAGAAUCUAUAGCCUUUGCUGAUGUUAGUGAUGUUUCCAUUUUUGGUAUCUCACCACUUGUGGCUUAACAUUUCUUUUAAAAUCUUUGUGACAAGAAUUCAAAGCCAGCACCACGGAUUCCAGUCCAGCCAAAUGACAAGUGGAAGGACCCCUGAAAGCAAGCACGUGACAAGAUUCUCUUCUUGCAUUCUACACCAGACUCAACACUUCCCUGGGGAUGGAAGAGGGAGGGUCACAGUGAAUUGUCUCAGAGCUUUGACUACCCAGGGCUGGCCUGCCUUGGAGCCACCCACUUCCAGGUGAUUGGUCCCACAUGGGCUGCCAGGAGCCUACUUCCUCUAGCAGGCCCCACCCCCAAGCAGAUUCCUUUCAGCAGUCCACCCCUAAAUACCCCUGUGGGUGUGGCUUCUGGCACCCAGGAAUAGGCUCUGCUUUGGGAGCUGGGCCAUUUCUUCCUAGGCUCUGAGCUGAGACUUUGGGCAGGCUGUCCCAGCAGGUUCCACACAUGGCUUUCAAGGAAAGACUCAGGGCCAAGAAGAAAAUCUUCUGGCGGCUGAUCCUGCUUGCACUUGGCCUCUUGGGCUUGCUCCUGCAUGGGCUCCCAAUACUCAGGCACCUGGAAGUCCUCCUCCCCAUGGGUGUCUGCCCAAUAGCCACAAGGCAACAACUGCAAGACAACUUCACAGGUGUCCUGCAUCCUUGGGCCCGCCCUGAAGUCCUGACCUGUACCUCCUGGGGGGCCCCCAUUAUUUGGGAUGGCACCUUUGACCCAGAUGUGGCCCAGCAAGAGGCUGGACAGCGGAACCUCACCAUCGGGCUGACUGUUUUUGCUGUGGGCAGGUACCUGGAGAAGUACCUGGCGCGUUUCCUGGAGACUGCCGAGCAACACUUCAUGGUGGGUCUGCCCGUGCUGUACUACGUGUUCACCGAGCGGCCGGCGGCAGUGCCGCGCGUGGCUCUGGGCCCUGGGCGCCGGUUGCACGUGCAGCGCGUGGCGCGCGAGCGGCGCUGGCAGGAUGUGAGCAUGGCACGGAUGAGCACGCUGCACGAGGCUCUGGCCGGCCCGCUGGGCCGUGAGGUGCACUUCGUGCUCUGCAUGGACGUGGACCAGCAUUUCAGCGGUACCUUCGGACCCGAGGUGCUGGCCGAAUCAGUGGCACAGCUGCAUGCCUGGCACUACCACUGGCCCCGGCGCCUGCUGCCAUUCGAGCGCGACGCACGCUCGGAGGCCGUGCUGGGCCCUGGCGAGGGCGACUUCUACUACCACGCAGCCGUGUUCGGGGGCAGCGUGGAGGCCCUGCGCUCGCUGACGGCGCACUGCGCGCGGGGCCUGCAGCGUGACGCCGCGCGCGGCUUCGAGGCGCGCUGGCACGACGAAAGCCAUCUCAACAAGUUCUUUUGGCUGCACAAGCCCACCAAGGUGCUAUCGCCCGAGUUCUGCUGGAGCCCGGACAUCGGCCCACGGGCGGAGAUUCGCCAACCGCGCCUGCUCUGGGCGCCCAAGGAGUAUGCACUGUUGCGCGACUAGCGAGCGCAGCCCACACGGGGGAGCCCACGGGGAUGCUUGGGCACCGGAAGGGUGGGGAGUGGCACUUGGCGGGGAAGGAAGG